GCGAAAACACCGUGUUUUCUGUGCCCGUAGGAAAAAAAAACAAUUCGCUCGUAAUAUUUUAAAAAAAUAAAAUUAGCGGGAAAUGGUUGAGCUAGUGUUGGGAAAAGAUCUCGAAUGAAGUUGCCCGGUGAAUUGGACGUGGAGCCAUCGAGUUUUAAAGUGUGGAAGAACGUGGGUUCCUGCAUGGAGAAAUGGUUCGGUGAUAAACGUCUGUGGUUAUUUGGCAACAAUCUGCCGCUGCUGCCGAGAAGGUCGCGAGCCAGCAGCCGCGCCAUGGAGCGCUACGAGAAGCUGGCGAAGCUCGGCGAGGGCUCGUACGGCCUGGUGUACAAGUGCCGCAACCGGGACACGGGAGAGAUCGUGGCGGUGAAGAAGUUUGUGGAGAAUGAAGACGAUCCGCUGAUCAGGAAGAUUGCGUUGAGGGAGAUACGGAUGCUGAAGAACCUCAAGCACCCGAACCUGGUGAACCUCAUCGAGGUGUUCCGCCGCAAGCGCAAGCUGCACCUCGUGUUCGAGUACUGCGACCACACCGUGCUGCACGAGCUGGAGCAGCACCCCGCAGGCUGCCCCGAGCUGCUCUCCAAGCAGAUCAUCUGGCAGACCCUGCAGGGGGUGGCCUACUGCCACCGACACAACUGCAUCCAUCGCGACGUGAAGCCAGAGAACAUUCUGCUGACGGCCGAUGGGGUCGUCAAGCUGUGUGACUUCGGAUUCGCUAGGAUGAUCAGUGGUGCAGCGACAUCCGAUAAUUCUGUGCACAAUAGAAACUCUCUCAGUGUGGAUGCUCGAAGACGGUCCAGUCCAGGCGAGAACUACACGGAUUACGUGGCGACGCGGUGGUACCGCGCGCCCGAGCUGCUGGUCGGGGACACCCUGUAUAGUACGCCUGUCGACGUGUGGGCUAUUGGGUGCGUAUUCGCGGAGCUGCUGUCCAGCGAGGCGCUGUGGCCCGGCAAGAGUGACCUGGACCAGCUCUACCUCAUCAGGAAGACCCUGGGCGACUUCCUGCCGCGGCACAUGACCAUCUUCUCACAGAACAGCUUCUUUCAGGGGAUGGCGUUACCGGAGCCAACGAGCUAUGAGCCCCUGGAGAAGAAGAUACCGCAACGAUAUGCAAACAACGAACUUGUGUUAGACUUUUUGAAGAAGUGCCUGGACAACGACCCCGGUGCCCGCUGGACGUGCGAGCAGCUGCUGCGGCACCCCAUCUUCGAGACCUUCAUGUUCACCGCGCCGCGGUCGGAGCACGAGGAGUACGAGCGGUCGCGGCGGGCGCAGGUACAAUCCUCGCCGCUGCUGCCCCAACUCCACGUGUCGGACCGCUCCCACCCCCCAAAGGGGAAGAAGCUGGAGGGCGACACGCGGGGGCACCUCCCCACCAUCUGACUAGCGCCGCCGCGGCUGCGGUAGCCGAACUAAUGUACAUUAUGAAUAUACUGCUCUGAUUCUCCUGGU